AUGGACGCCGCUCCCUCCUGGCUCGAGUCCGUCUCGCUCUCUAACCUCUCUUCCUCCUUCUCGCUUGUCAAGGCGGCGGUGGUGAACCCGUCUUCGGGCAAGACACAGAUUGCGGUACCGUUGCUCGCGACUGCGGGUGUCUAUGUCGCCAUCGCGGUCAUGCAGCGGUUGUAUUCCUACUGGCGCUCGUCCAUUCGCACGAUGAUGGGUCCGCCCAACGGCAGUCUCUUGCUGGGCAACGUGCAGGAGCUUAUGGACGACUUCGAAACGACCAACAGAUGGCGCCGCCAGUUCGGCCACAUCUUCAAAUUCAAGAGUCUCAUGAGCGCGACUCACAUCCACGUCCAAGAUAUCAAGGCGAUCAACCAUAUGAUCCAUAACAUGCCUAUUUACCAGAAGGCGCCGUACGGGCUGCACAACUCGAAGCGUACUUUGGGCAAUGGUCUUCUUGCUGUCGAGAAUGACGAACACAAGCGUCAGCGCAAGAUCCUUAACCAGGCUUUUGCCCCCUCGCAAAUCCGUCUCCUCACCGAGACUUUCCUCAACAUCUCCGUUCAAUGCCGCGACAUGUGGCUCGCCCAAUUCGCCAAGGACCCCAACGCUGACCACCAGGUCAUCGACAUCUUUGACUGGUUCCGCAAGCUUACUCUGGACGUCAUCGGCCAGGCUGGUUUCGGAUAUGAUAUGGACGCACUCGAAGUAAAGGGCCAGCCGAAUGAGCUUAACGAUGUGCUCACCAAGAUUUUCCAUGCGCCGCAUUCGCGCAUGCUCAUGGGCUUCAUGAUCCUCCAAGCGAUGGUGCCUGCCUUCCGUCUUAUUCCCUUCCCUGGCACACACGUGUUCGUUGAGUGCAAGAACGAGACUUUCCGCAUUGGUGGCGAGAUCCUGCAACGGGCGAAAGACACCCUGUUCCAGACUGGUGCUGAGCGGGUCGAAGUCGGCUCCAAGCGCAGUGUCCUCUCGCUCCUCCUCCGUGCCAAUGUCAACCCCGAGAUCCCCGUCAGCCAGCGUUUGACUGAUGACGAGGUCAUUGCCCAAAUCCCUACUCUUAUCGUUGCGGGCCAUGAGAGUACCAGUUCGGCUGUUUCGUGGGCGGUGUCCUUCCUCGCUGGUGACCAGGCUCGGCAGAACAAGCUCCGGGAAGAGUUGCAGGGCCUCCCGGAAGUUCCCACCAUGGACGAGCUUAACAACGCGGAAUACCUCGAGCAAGUCGUCCGCGAAACGCUCCGUAUGCACCCCAGUCUUGUCUUCACCCAGCGCAUGGCCAUGCAGGAAGAUGUCCUCCCUCUCGGCAAGCCUUACAUCGACGCGAACGGCAAGACCCACGAUAGCAUCUACGUGACCAAGGGCCAGAUGAUCCACAUCCCGCUGCUCGCUGUCAACAACGACCCCGAGAUCUGGGGCCCCGACGCGCACGUCUUCAACCCUGAACGCUGGGACAAGACCCCCGAGGCUGUUAACGCCAUCCCCGGUGUCUGGGCCAACACGCUCGCGUUCUUCGGUGGCCCACACGCGUGCAUUGGCUACCGUUUUGCUCUGGCUGAAAUCAAGUCGAUUUUGUUCGUGAUGCUCCGCACAUUCGAGUUCUCGCAUGUCAACACCGAGGCGGGUCCGCUGGGCGGCAUGGCAUGCAAGGCAGCGAUGAUUCCCGGAGGCAGCAUGCUGCAACACCCGAUGGACCUCAACGCGCCCGAGAAGGGCUCGUGCUUGCCCGUCAAGGUCAAGCUGCUCUGA